GCAGUUUUCUGUCAUUUUCUCUUCUCAUCGAUCUUGCACAUUCUACAUUCUUCAUUUUGGCUGCCAUCGAUUAGAUUAUCUCAUUUUGUGCAUGUUUGAGCCCUCAUCUAUACUUGCAUACUUGCAUAUCAACUGCGGAGCUCAGACCAGCCUCAGGCCCGCAUCGAUCUAUUACCUACUAAAUUGACAUUUUGAUAGAUCUUCUACUUCUAUUUGAAACGGCGAUAUGGGACUUUUCAGUGGUUUUUGCUGCUGUUUCCCCCGCUCUCAAGCCCCAACUCCGGACAUGAUAGAACAAAGUCCCGCUCGACCAGUACCUCUUCAAAGUGGUCAAAAUGACCACUCCCAAAACCAUGUUCAUAGCCAAUUUCCCAUUGGAAUGGUCGCUUAUACUGGCAAUCUUAACAUCAGAAAUGAUGAGGGAUAUGCACCAACCACCCCGCUUCCUCGGUAUACGCCUCGUCCCAUGAGUAUCCAGGAGAAAGCUAUUGAGGGGCACAUGCAUAUGCGAUCUUCCUCAGAAUUGGGACCAGAAUCAAAUACAAACACACUAUCCGACGAAAAGCAAAGACAUCUCCACGAAUACGACCAUCGCGACUCCCGCGACGGUGUCACAGCCGACGACGUCUCCUCAGCAUUCUCCUUCCAAAGCAGUUACGGUAACACCUCCACUGCGACGCGGGAGACACCUCCUCCGCCGUACUCUGCUGGUGUAUCGCCCACGCCGUCGAGGAGGACGACUGUGUCUGUGUCGUCUGCGAUGUUGCGACAGCAGCAGAUGGUUAAUAUUGCGCAGCCGCAGCCGGUGUUUCAGAGACCGGAGUGGAUGGUGAGGAGUCCAAGGUGUAGUGUUGAUAUUGGAGAGGAGGUUGGGGCGAGGAGGUUUUCGUGGGAGAGUCGGUAGGGUUGUGAUGGGUUUGGACAUUGGUAUGGACUGGACAUAUGCUUUCUUUAUUGUUGUGAAUGAUUUUAUGAUCGAUACAUACUACUAAUACUAAUCUUAAUACUAAUAAUGGAAUGGAUAUGGCAUGGAACGAUGUACUACUAUUAUUACAUAGCUAAUGUUUAAUUGAAUAUUCC